AUGGAAAAACGAGUGUCGUCGCAACCCCAAGGUCCCGACAAUCCUUCAACAGCCAACAAUAAUAGCAAAAGCCAAUCCAAACCUUCCAAAGGGUUAUUUAGAGUCUUCACCUACGGCCGCCCAUUCGAUUAUGCCGUACAACUCGUCGGCAUCGUGGCCGCCAUCGGCUCCGGCGUGGCGCUGGCUCUAGUGAACAUCGUCAUUGGCCAAUUCAUGAAUGUCUUCACCGACUACUCCAACAAAACCCUGUCUCCCAGUCAGUUCAUGGGCGAAAGCGUAUUCCCCAGUCUCUACUUCGUAUACAUUGGCAUUGCGCGUCUCGUCCUCACAUACAUCUACGCGACCGCUUUCACUUAUGUGGCCUUCAACCUGACUCGCAGCAUCCGGAUUUCCUACCUCCGGUCAGCCUUGAGCCAGGAGAUCGGCUUCUUUGACCAGGACACGGCCGGGUCCAUCUCGAUGCAGGCGACCUCGAGCGGGAAGCUGAUCCAGUCGGGCAUCGCCGAGAAGCUCGGGCUCGUCUUCCAAAACGUCUCGACCUUUGUGGCGGCCUUCGUCAUCGCCUUCGUCAGCCAGUGGAAGCUGGCCCUGAUCACCAGCUGCAUCCUCCCCGCCCUCCUCAUCAUCAUCGGCGGGCCCUCCGUGCCUGAUGCCAUGCUCGACGCCAAGAUCCUGCCCAUCUACGCCACGGCGGGCAAGUAUGCCGAGAGCAUCCUGGCCAGCGUCCGCGCCGUCAAGGCUUUCGGCCUCGAAUCUCGCAUCCUCGACAAGUACGCCUCGUGCCUGCACGACGCCCGCGUGCUGGGCAACAAGAAGAGCCCGCUGUACGGUGUGGUUUUUGGCGGCCAAUACCUGAUCCUUUACUGCGGUAUGGGGCUUGCGUUCUGGCAGGGAAUCGGGAUGGUGGUUCGCGGAGAGGUUGACGGCUUCGGCACGAUUUUCACUGUUCUCUUCUCCGUCAUCAUCGCGUCUACUACUCUCACAUCGAUAGCCCCGCACAUGGUCGCAUUCAGCCGCGCAACAACCGCCGCCUCGGAACUAUUCACACUGAUCGACAGACACUCGUCUAUCAACCCAUUUAGCGAUUCUGGAUUGGAACCUGGAGAAGUGUCGGGAGUGAUCGAUAUCCAAGGUGUCAGCUUCAGCUACCCAACCAGACCAGAUGUCACGGUUCUAGAGGACUUUUCGUUAAAGGUACCCGCCGGCAAGGUCACGGCUCUUGUUGGAGCAAGUGGUUCCGGGAAAAGCACCAUCAUCGGCCUCCUCGAGAGGUGGUAUGAUCCCCUGAGCGGAACAAUCACGAUUGAUGGAACAAGCAUCCGUGAUUUGAAUCUCCAAUGGCUCCGGACCAACAUGAGACUUGUCCAACAGGAGCCUGUUCUGUUCAACGGUACUGUGUUUGAAAACAUCUCUAAUGGAUUGAUCGGAACACCUUGGGAAACGGCUUCCCGCGAUGAGCAACUGGAACGGGUCAAGGAGGCUGCAAAACUUGCUUUCGCUGACGACUUCAUUCUCGACCUGCCCCGUGGCUACGAUACGCGCAUCGGCGAGCGGGGCGGGCUUCUCUCGGGCGGACAGAAGCAGAGAGUGGCCAUCGCCCGCAGCAUCGUUUCCGAGCCCAAGAUCCUCCUGCUCGACGAGGCCACGAGUGCUCUCGACCCUCAUGCCGAAGGCAUUGUCCAGAGGGCGCUCGACAGCGCUUCCAAGGACAGGACGACCAUCGUCAUCGCCCACAAGCUUGCGACGAUCCGAAACGCUGACAACAUCGUGGUCCUGAGCAAAGGUAAGACUGUCGAGCAGGGCCGGCACGACGAGCUGGUGGCCCUGGGCGGGGCCUACUCGAAUCUCGUCAAGGCUCAGUCUCUUUCCGUCAACCAGAACAAGGAGGACAGCGACGAGGGCUCCGAAGACAAGUCCGCCAAGGAGAUUGAGCAGACGCUUUCUGUGGCCAGGCACAAUACGGCCGAGGCCCAGUCGCUCCUAGCCCUCCAAGACCGGGAGAACUACGACCUCUACAAGCAAACGGGGAUCUUUCACACGAUAUUCAAGGUGGCUCGGGCUACGCCGGAUAUGAAGGUGUGGUAUUGCGUCGUGCUUGUCGCAUGCGUUAUUGGAGCCGCCGUGUUCCCCGGACAGGCACUUCUCCUCGCCAGCAUUACAGACAUCUUCACCGGCGGUUCCCCGUCAGAAAUGGUUCGUAAGGGGAAUUUCGUCUCCCUCAUGUACGUCGUGAUGGCGGUGGGCUGUUUCCUCGGAUACUUCGCCAUGGGAUGGUCGACAAACAUCAUAACACAGACACUCGGCCAGAAGCUACGAAAAGACCUGCUCAGCGGCAUCUUGAGGCAAGACCUCCGGUUCUUCGACCGCCCUGAGAACACCGUCGGCUCCCUGACCAGCCGCAUCGAGUCCAACACGCAAGCCGUCACCGAACUCAUGGGGUUCAACGUGGCCCUCGUCACCAUGUCCCUCCUCAACGUCGUCGCCAGCAGCAUCCUCGGCAUCGCGGUGUCCUGGAGGCUCGGCCUCGUCGGCGUCUUCGCCGGCAUCCCCCCGAUGCUGCUGUCGGGCUACGCUCGGAUCCGCAUCGAGACCAAGAUGGAUGCCGACAUCGACAGAAAGUUCUCCGCCAGUGCCUCAGUGGCCUCCGAGACAGUGAACGCCAUCCGGACUGUGUCGUCUCUGGCGAUCGAGAGGAGCAUGCUGCAGCGGUAUACUGGUGAGCUUGACGCCGCGAUAUCAGGCUCUCUCCUGCCUCUGUGCAACAUGAUGGUCUGGUUCGCACUCACACAGGCCAUCGAGUACUUCAUCCUGGCACUCGGGUUCUGGUGGGGAUCAAAGCUGGCUUCGGAGGGAACCAUCACCUUCUACCAAUUUAUCGUCUCCUUCAUGGGUAUCUACUUCUCCGGACAGGCCGGGGCCACCCUUUUCAGCUUCUCGAGCAGCUUCACCAAGGCGAACACCGCCGCCAACUACUACUUCUGGCUCAUGAAUCUCCAACCGACCAUCCGGGACACGGAUGAGAACAGGUCAAAGGGCCCCGCGGCAGACUGCCGUUCAUACGACUUUCGCGACGUCCAGUUUUCGUACCCGUUGGCGCCGGACAACCGGGUUCUGAAGGGGGUAUCGCUGAAGAUCGAUCGAGGCCAGUUCGUUGCGUUUGUCGGGGCCUCCGGCUGCGGCAAGUCGACGAUGAUCUCCCUCCUCCAGCGCUUCUACGACCCGACCAGCGGAUCCAUCGUGAUCGACGACUCGGACCCCCUCACAAGCCUCAGCCCUCGCCUGUACCGAAGCAGACUUGCCAUCGUCCAACAGGAGCCGACCCUGUUCCCGGACAGCAUCCGGGAGAACAUCAAGCUGGGCAUCGACUUCGAGGCCCACGAGGACGCCACCGCCGACGACGACGGCGUGAUCGAGGCCGCGUGCCGCGCCGCGAACGCCUGGGACUUUGUCAGCUCCCUGCCGGAGGGGCUCAACACGCCGUGCGGGCAGGGCGGGAGCCAGCUGUCCGGGGGCCAGAGGCAGCGGAUCGCCAUCGCGAGGGCCCUCGUCCGCAACCCGAACGUGAUCCUCCUGGACGAGGCGACCAGCGCCCUGGACACCGAGUCGGAGAAGCUGGUGCAGAAGGCGCUGAUGGAGGCGGCGGGCACGGGCGACCGCAUCACCGUCGCCGUGGCGCAUCGGCUGUCCACCAUCCGCGACGCCGACAAGAUCUGCGUCUUCUACAACGGCCGCAUCGUCGAGUCGGGGACGCAUGAUGAGCUCAUCGAACUGGGGGGGAUGUACAAGAAGAUGUGCGAGGCGCAGAGCCUGGAUAAGGCAGUCUAG